UGAUGAGAAAUGUUUGUUGUAGUGGUAAUGGCGGGUGUGUGUUGGUGUUGGUGGUGCGUCAGUUAAUCAUUCGCGAGCGUUCGUUGGAGAUACUCGACGUCGGCGGAUCCACCACCUCCCUUACAGCAUGAAGGCAAAGCGCUCUUCAUUGCGCCUACUGCUUCUUUGUUCGCUCUCAAUAGACAGAUAGUAAGGGAAGAGUGUUGUGUGUGAUGUCUUGGGGUGGUGGUGGUGGCGGGUGUGGUGGUGUUGGUGGUGGUGGCAGCAGCAGCAGCGGCGGCGAUCAUCAUCACCAUCACCACCACUACCACUCGCCGUCGUCGUCACAUCAUCAUCAUCAGCACCAGCAGGAGGCUGGAGGAGGAGUAGGAGGCGGCGGUGGUGGGGGAGAUGUGGUGGCGAAGGCGUUGGAGACCUGUGCCACUCACCACCAGUUCAUCGCCUCCCAGGCCGAACACCUCGAGAGACUUCGCUCACAGUGUGCCACCAGCGCCCAGCUCACCCAGCAGGAGAUCAGGACGCUCGAGGGCAAGUUGGUAAAGCUUUUCAGUCUUCAACUAGUAACAAAGCGUCACUUGCCCCCUGACGUGUCUCUGCCAAAAGAGCUUCAGCUCUACCCCUCCCUCAAACAGUGGCUUCAAGUGGUGGGACUCUGCAAGGAUUCUGUCAAUGGUAUAUGUCAGCGAGUUUUAACUCUUGAAGCUUUACUUGAAAAACGAGAAAAUGAAUUACGGAAUAUUCUCAGUGACUAUGGAGCUGACCGAAGUGAAGCCCACAAGUUGGCCCGGGCCAUGCAUAAUCUUAAACGAUAUACAGAAAUACAAAUGCAGGGUCAAGGAGGAGAGUGGAGUAGUUCUGAACUGCCUCUCUACUGGGACUCUUGGGAAAGGUCUUGUCCUCCUUCUCCUCGCCCAUGCCCGCGAUCACAGCGGGAGUGUCGAUCGUCCGUGUCAUCAUCAGAUGGGGAUUGUGGAAGUGCCACCAGUGGGAGCACAAGCGGUGGGGCGUGGAGUGGGGAAGGGAGCAGAAGCAGUGGUAGAGGAGCGCCUGUUAGUCAGCGCAGUAGUGACGACUCUUCCACUCCCUCGUCCCCUCCUCCACCUCUCUCUCUGGUUCCCCCACUAAGUCCUGGUGGCAUUCAUACUGCAUCCACACACACACUCACUGGCAGCGGCUUGGUCUUCUCCGAAAAACGCUACACUCCUCCUAAUACGCCAAAUGUUUUACCCAAAGGAAAAAGUCCAGGGGACAAAAGAUUUCCUACAACUCCGCCACCUGGUAAGAAAUAUCAGACUGGUUUGUUGAACCCGCAGCCGUCACUAGGUCGAUCUACGUCCCACGAGUCACAGCUUGCUCCAAGACCUGAAGGAUAUGAGCAGCCCUCCUCAACUCUUAGUCAAAUUUUGUUAAGACAUAAGUUAAAUCAUUUCUGGCUUGGAGGUAGUAUGGAGCAACUGGUAUCUUCCAGGACACGUCUCCAUUCCGAGUCGGAGGCAUCAGCUUCAACCGAUGGAACAACCAAAAGGAACGAGAGCACAAGCAGGAGCCGAACCGAUGUACGGGAACACCGAACUGCGCAGAAUUCACCGGCACCGUCAACUCUUGCAAGCCCCAUCAAGUCGCCUCACUAUGUUGAAACUGUUGAAGAUGAAAACUUAAAUAGAAGUACCCUAAGUGUUCCAAAGUCCCCACGCACACCUACCCUAACAGGAUCCAUGGGCUCUAUGGUCCAUAACGUGAACCAUCGUUUCAUCAAAACUAUUAAGUCUGCUACCUGUGGUUAUUGCCAACUCAAGAUUCCAAUUCUUAGUGGUUUGAAGUGUAAGGAAUGCCAUUUCAAAUGCCAUAGAGAGUGUGAAUCCAAAGUACCUCCCUCGUGCGGAUUACCACAUGAAUUCCUUCAAAUAUUCACAGAUACACUGAAGAAAGGGGGUAUUGAAGGAAGUGGGCUUUCUAGUCGAGGCACACCCGGUGUAUCUCCCUCGCAUCAUCACAACGAUGUCUUCCCCCAAAUACGUACCACUAUAUCCUACUCCCAGCCGUCCAUUAAUGUCCCAUUCUUUCAGGGUCCUGAUUCCAGUUCGAACACCUCCAGCUGUAAUUCCAGCACUCCCUCAAGCCCUGCACUUAUUUCCGCCUCACCCAAGCACACUGGAACAUUCCGAUUCCCAGUUACCCGAGGAUUUCACUUUCCUGAGUACAGGCAGUCCCCGAGUUACAACGGGAAUUCUGUUCUUGAGAUGCGUUGUAAGCCGAAAAUCGUCGUAAGCCGGAACAUCGUCAGAAAUCAAGUGGCAGAAAAUCCUUGUGGAGACAUUCCUCUAGAAAUGCGACCUCUCAAGACCAUUAACAACCGCAUCCCCCCAAAGGCACCACUUUCUACUUCCUCUCCACAGAGUGAUGUUAUAGAUUCCCGCCAGUCUCAUGAUUCAGACCGCACAGUAUCACAAACAUCAGGGUCUGGGAGCACUGGCACUGAUGACUCAGAAAGAACUAUAGCUGGUAGAGUAGAUUCACAGGAUUCUACAGUAUCUGAUGGAGAAAAUGCAGAUCCUCGUUGUACAAGACAAAACAGUGUUAGCAGUGUUUCGCAGUCACUUCGUGAGUGGGACAUUCCAUAUGAUGAACUGGACCGUAGAGAAGUCAUAGGACGUGGAAGGUUUGGCAUAGUUUAUUCAGGGAACUGGCACGGGCAAGUUGCCAUAAAAGAACUGCGGAUGGAUUAUGUGAAUGAUGAGAAAACACUUGAAGCCUUCAAGGCUGAGGUGAGCACAUUCCGAAAGACUCGACAUGAGAAUCUGGUCUUAUUCAUGGGGGCCUGCAUGAAACCUCCUCGACUAGCCAUUGUUACAAGCUUGUGUAAGGGGAGAACACUUUACCAGCAUAUACAUGUUUUGAAGGAUAAGUUCAACAUGUCACGCACUAUCAUGAUUGCACAACAGAUUUCACAGGGUAUGGGCUACUUACAUGCAAGAGGUAUAGUCCACAAAGACUUGAAGACAAAGAAUAUUUUUCUGGAGAAUGGAAAAGUAGUUAUUACAGACUUUGGUCUUUUUAAUGUUACAAGGCUCUGCCAUGAUAGCAGAAGAGGUAACUGGUUGAGCAUUCCCCCUGGUUGGUUGUGUUACCUUUCUCCGGAAGUGAUGAGAAAUCUUAGAGUUGUGCAGAAGCAAGAAGACUCAUUACCCUUUACUACAUAUUCGGAUGUUUAUGGCUUUGGGACGGUGUGGUAUGAAUUAUUGUGUGGAGAAUGGCCUCAUAAAGGUUUGCCACCAGAGGCAAUUAUAUGGCAGGUUGGGCGAGGCAUGAAGCCUUCUCUGGCUCACUUGCAAGCAUCAAGAGAUGUCAAGGACAUUUUAAUGGCAUGUUGGAGUUACCGACCAGAUGAAAGACCAGAGUUCUCUACCAUGUUGACCAACUUGACAAGAUUGCCAAAGAAACGGUUACAUCGCUCACCCUCCCAUCCCAUUCACCUGUCACGGUCGGCUGAAAGUGUGUUCUAAUCUUGCCAUCGUCAGUCAUGUUGAUGAUGCAUUCAUUUUUCAUUUUUUGUGAUCAACAUGGAGCUUUAUUGAAUUAUCUAAGUCAAACUGGCAAUAUUAUAUCCAGGCAUUUAUAGUUUCUUCGUAAAUUUUGGUAGUCAUGUUUUAUUGUUUGUGGAAGAAUAGCCUGGGUGAUGUUGCAGUAUACACUUAUCUUUUCUUCAGUUACUUUUGUUGUGAGAUAUACAGCCUAGGCUAACUUUCCACUGAUGGCGCAGUGUGUAGGAGAUGCACAAAACUUCUCUUUUAUUAAAUGUUCAUUUGAAAGCUCACAUUUACAUUCUUGCAAUACUUGAUUUUUGACUUACAAUAUUUAACUGUUUUCAUUUCCACCCUUUUUAAGUUUGCUGUCUGUCUCAAAACUGAUAAACUAUAAUACUUGGAAGGUCACGACAGUGUUUCUCUUCACUUUUUUGUUUUUUAAUGAAUGGCACUUCAUAUGUGGUUGAGAAAGGAAGUGCUAUGAUUUUACAUUAAAUAUGAAUGCUCAUUUUAGUUUAUAACCUUACAAGCACUUGCUUUUAUGGUUAAUUGGGUUAGUUUUUAAAGUAAUCAUACAAACAAAAAGUUUUAUUUAUGUGUUUGGAUAGUAAAGACACAAACACUAACAUUUUCUAGUCACCAAUGUACACUAGGGUGUUUCCUGCAAUAAAUAACAUUAUAUUUAUAUUCUACCUUUUGUGACAAGCAGUGAUGGACAAUGUGCUUCCAUUCUGUGAAGUCAUUCAGCGUUGUGAGGUAACAUGAGUUAAUUCUGAAUUGUCAUUUGUUAUGUGAAAUCUAACACAAACACUAGGUUUUGGUAGCCGACAUAGUCUAGUAUCUAGUAGGAUAAUUAAGUUUCUUUGUAGUCUAAGAAUUUGGCUAAAUGCACUUACGUUCAUUGAAUUUUGCACACCAAGUUCAUGGUUGCUAGUCAAAUUGUGUAGGCUGUCACUAGAGAGAAGCCUACUAUCAUAUGUCAUGAAUAUAUAUAAAUAUAUAUUUAUAUAUAUGUUUUAGAUGUGAGAUGAACAGUAAAUUACCAUCGUGUUGAAAUAUUAUCAUCAUUCGGCUAAAAUGCCUGCCAUUUUUAAAAGACUAAAACUUGGCUAUUACAUACUAAAAGUAGAGUUUGUCACAAACCAUGCGAGAAUUCUCCAUUGUAUUGCAUGCAAGGUAGUGACAUGGAUUAAACGCAAAGAAUACGGGUUGACGAAAGUAAUUAAUUUGAAGGUGUUACUACUGACACUAGUAGUAAUCAUUUCAAAAUUAGUCAUCUCUUUGAAUUUAUUGUAGUGCCAGUACUGGUACUGUAAUAUAUCUGAAAUUACAGCAGUGUUAUGAUUCUUUUCAUCAGCUGUACUUUCUGUGUCAGCAUUUUGUUAGACAGUCACUUCUUUGUAAUUAACUUAUUUUCUUAGUCUUUCUACAUGUGCAUUAUGUUGAGCAAGUGAUAAAAUAAAACUGAGUCAUUAUGAUAAGCAAGGUUGAUAAAAUAGCCUGUAAAGGCUACUGAAACUGUUAUGCACUCUGGAAAGUCCAGUUUUGCUGUGUUCUUGUCCUGUUUGUAAUAUAUGUAAAACAGUGUAAUCUUGGUAACUCUCUCUCUCUCUCUCUCUCUCUCUCUCUCUCUCUCUCUCUCUCUCUCUCUCUCUCUCUCUCUCUCUGGCCGAGUGGUUUUUGCGCUCGGCUGCCAAUCCGGUGGUCCGAAGUUCGAAUCCCGGCUCGGCCAACGCGGAAUCAGAGAAAUUUAUUUCUGGUGAUAGAAAUUCAUUUCUCGAUAUAGUGUGGUAUGGAUCCCACAAUAAGCUGUAGGUCUCGUUGCUAGGUGGCUAAUUGGUUCCUAGCCACAUAAAAAUAUCUAAUCCUUCGGGCCAGCCCUAGGAGAGCUGUUAAUCAGCUCAGUGGUCUGGUAAAACUAAGAUAUACUUAACUUUCUCUCUCUCUCUCUCUCUCUCUGCACGUGUGCUAUCUGCUUAUCAUCACUAUCAUCCUGCUUAGGCUGUUCAGUCUUGAAUGUUUUAAGAUAUUGUUGCUGAAUGGCAAUAGGAGUUACCAAGUUUAGGCUGUGUCUUGCUCUACUGUCUUAAGUGUUUUCAUAAGUCUCGUGCUUUUUUGGUGGAAGCUGACUGAAGAACCUCUUGACAAUAGAAGGAUAGAAAUUUGCUGAUAAUGAUGAACACAUGCAUCAGCAUGGCCAGAUAAUUUUCAUUUUUUCUUUACAGCUGAGAGGUUUGUCUGGGAUUUCAAAAGUUCCUCUUGCUGUAUUAAAUUAUUCGAGUUUGUCCUCUAUAAAUAAUUAUACAAAUGGAACAGAUAGACAUCACCAUCCAUCAAAAUUGUUUCUAAGCAUACAAAGAAAGAAUUUUUUUUUUUAUAAUUCUUUAAUAUUUCCUUCUGACCAAUCAACAAGUGUUAAACAAUAGUAAAUUAUUUUUAAAAUGAAGCAGAAUUUGGCAAAGAAAAAAAAUUGGUAUAUCAGAAAAAAUUACCCCUCCCACCCUUACAUUAAUGAAUUACAGAAUUGUUACCCCAAAUUCCCAGUCUUGACUUGACAUCAUUGUGAUUGAUUAUACAGUAGUUUUGAGCACAAUGAAACUAGUGCUCUUUAGACAGUGGCAGUUUUCAUGUGAAAAUUAUUGAAUCAUAUAUAUAUAUAUAUAAUAGACUUAAAUCUUAGAAUGUCUGUCAGAAUUGGCUGUAGUUGAGAAUUUUUUUUUUACAUACUUCUUCACAUAUAGAGCUUCGUAAGAAAUUCUGUAUCCAGUACAGUUGCUCUAUGACCACCAGUCUACCAAGCUGGUCUUGCCACCACUUUUACAUCUCCAUGUACUCAUUGUUUUAAUCUUCAUCUGUUGUUAUUCUUUAUUCAUUUAACAUUGUGUUAGGUGUACAUACCUUUUAAAUUCUCAAUUCCUUUUUUGGCUGUGCAGUUUUAAUUACAUUGCAUUUUUCCUCUGCCCUCUUUGUGCACAUGUACACCACUCUGAUCAUUCCAUGUCAUGUGUUUCAAAAGGUGUCCUGAAUUUGCUUGUUUUUUGUACUUUUUAAUCUUUCCCACACAUUAUUGUCUCUUUAAUUGUGUGUAUGAGAAAUUAAAGUAAUUGUUCAUUUUGUUAUUCAUUUAUCUAUGUGACACCAUACUGCAUACCUCAAGCUCUAUAGACAGUCUAAACUAUUGGUUAAAUCCAUUGUAUGCUAAAACUUACCUUGCACAUAUUUAAGACAAUUUACCAGCAAGGUUUUGUUUCUCAUCCCUGGUAAAUGUUGUGAUCAAGUUUCAUGUCUCUGCAAUAUCAAAAAUUAAUGUUUAUGUUUUGUCAAAAGUUUAAAAGAGUUGGAGUGUUUUGUGAAGUAGACAGUAUAUUUCAUUGCUUAGCCUUACUUUCUCGAGCAUUGUGGUUUGUGACUUUGGUAAAUUUCAAGAGCAUGACUCAAAGUUUGUUGGAUAAGUACCCCUGGUAAUUUUUUUAGUUAUUUAUUUAUUAUUUUUUUUUUUUCAAUAUUGAAAGGGAAAAUGUGUUAUUUGAAAUGUUGGUCUAGGGAGAAAAAUCAGAUCUUUGUUUCCACCUACAUUUCCUAACCUUGAGUCCUUACCAAGACACGGGUUCUUUGCAAUGUAGGGAUGUUGCUGUAUCCUUUUUGCUGCUCGAUGUAUUCAAAAGCUUUUUUUUUUUUCUUUUUUUUUCCCUUGUAGUAGGUGUUUACAUAUGUAUGGAGUUAGCUUUUUCUUCUGUAAUGGAGUUACAGAAGCUCCAGAUGACAUUAAACCCCCCCAAAAAAAGUAAAUAUAAAGUAAAAAUAAAAAAAAAAUAUGGAUUGAAUGUUACAGCUAUCGGAAAGUGACCAAAUGCAUUUCUGGUAUCCAUGCCGAAACUGUAACUUUCACAUCUCGAGUAUCUUAGCUGUUUCUGUGCAACUUAUCUUGCUGUCUAGUAUUGACUGUUGAGGGUCUCAUUGCCUGGAGUGGCCAACUUGGGAUAAAGCAUCACAUAAGACAGUGUUAUUAUUUGUUUUAAGAUCAAGAAGGUUUUGGUGAUAUAUGUGGUUUUAGAAUGAAAAUUAAGUAUGCUAAAAUUUGGCAAAUUUCAAUAAUGUUAUCUCCCCCAAAAAGAACUUUUUGGAAUUUGUCAAUUUAUUCCCAGGGCUAUUGAACGAUUGGAGGUAAUCCCCCAUCUCUUUUGGACAUUAUCCCUGGGCAAGUUGUUAUGAUUUGAUUUUUAUAUGUACAGUAUAAAUAUAUUUAUAUAUAUAUAUUUUCUUAUGUUGAAUAAUUGUUAUUUGUUUACCAGAUUGUCAAAAAUGUUGAUUAACCAAGAUAUAACUAUGAAACUUCUGGUCUCUGAUUUUGUAAUGUCAAAUUUAACCAGUUAUAGGUACCAAGCUGAAGACUAAAUUGAAGUCUUCAACUUGAUCUCUUCAAUUAUCAGUCCUUGGUUCAAGAAAUUUUUUCAUAUGUUUCAUCAAUACAUCCAAAUUGUUACACUUGCUUUUGAGGCAUUGUUGGUUUUGUCUUUUUUUUAAACUAAGUUUCAUCUGAUGCAAUUUCCGUGGCCCACACGGUUCCGUUGCCACUGCCCGCAUCCUUCGUAUUACCAGAAAUGGUUGCCGGUAGGGCUUUGCUGCUACUGGUGAGGCCUUCUCUGACUGCUUCCCCCCUCUUGGGGCAGGCCUCUCGCACUUGUAUAGCCCAUGUAUCGUUGUGAUUCAGGACUGGGCUCUCAACUCCUGUACUGUACUCUCAAAUGUUCAUUUAUUUAUUAAUAAUUAUUUUUUUUUAUUUUCUAUUACAAGAUGUAUCACUAGAUCAUAAUCCAUUAUUAUUAUGUAUAAUACUUAAUUUAUUUGUACAUACUGAUGUCUACCAAAUAUAGUUUGUAUAUAUAUUAUGCAUUAAAUACAUAAGUCUUUUUAUCA